UGCCUAAACAUGCAUGCUUGUCUUUGUGACCUUUCGAGAUCUGAAGAAAUAGCAGAGAGGACAUCAUUAAGGAAAUGUGUUGAAGUCGUGGUAUGGAAAAAGGUUGUAGUAAUUGAGGAGGUCAGUAUAAUUUUUAGUUUGUUCCAUCUUGCUUUAAUUGUAGUUGGAUCCACAUCAAAGUUAGGUAUAGUGAAGUGACGAUAGAAACUUCGAAGUGUGUCUUGGAAUUGGGGCGUCCUAAAUUGCACAUAUCAUCAUCCUUAAUCAUGAUAUGAUGAAAUAAAACCAUAUUUUCAUGUCUGCUUCAUGCUAGAAAAUGGACUCUGACAGCGCAGAAAGCAGAGGCACCACAUAUUCUUUAUUUUUUCCCAUUCUUUAUGGUGGGGUUUAAACUUUUGUCUCUCUAUGGGCUCUUCGUAAAUAAAACAGUGGCAUUAACAACUUCUGAAAAUCACUGGUUUCACUUGUUGUUAUAUGAAAACUGUUAACAUGAUGGAUUUAUGGCAUCAGUGACAUAUAAAAUCAAGAGUCAUGUUAUUUAUUCAUACCAAUCCUAAUAAGCUAAUUUCUUUGAAAUCUGAUUACAGCACCAUUAUCCUUGGUGAUCACAUGAAACAGUAGUCAAAUAUAGUUAUGGAACCUUGAAUAUGUAUAUAUCAUAUCCAUAUUGGGAAAUAGAUGAAGUGUAAAUUGACACCGUCAUGUAUUAAAUUAUGUGCAUAUUCCUUAUUUGUAGUUGUUAGUGAAGCCUCAUCUUUAGCUUUUAGUGGAUAUCAUAUUUACCCCCAUCAUUGUGGUAUUUCAGGCCUUUUCUUUUGCUCUUCAUGUAUCAGAUUGCUUUUCUAAUGAAAAAUCACCAUUGGAGCAGUGAAUAUGAAUGAAAUAUAUGCUAAUUUGUUUAGGCUGCUAUGCAUUAUAACUGUUGUACCUAAGGUAAUGCAUGGGGACAUGAAAGUGCAGGGUUGAAAGGGAAGAAAUGUACAUAACUAACCUGUCUAAACAUGCUUGGAAAAUAAGUUGUCCUAGCUAUUUCAAGGUUGUCUACGGAUCUUGUAGCUGAGGAAUUGAGUCUUGACGGAUUUCACCAUAAUUGAGCAUUGCUUGAACACAUUCAGUAAUCAGUUUGAUGUUUAUCCUUCCAUCUGAGUACUAUUCAAUGUGUAUUAAUGAUUUAUUGGCGUCUGUGUUAACUGAACAUUUGAAAGACAGACAGAUUCAAAUUUGAGGUGUAGGUAGACGGGUUUCUGACCUGAUUAGAAUAUGCCUAAAAGGAAUUGAUUAACACACUUCAGAUAAGCUGCUGUUUUGAUAAGCUCCUGUUUCUGUAGCUAGGAUGAUACUGAAUGUCCACUUACAGCUUUCUAUAUUUGUUUCUUUACACACACGUCUGAUCUUUAAUGAUAGUUAUUACAGCUUUCAUCCAUGUUUGCUAUUUCCCAUUUGCCUUUUUUUAUCAUUCUUAUUGGUCAUCUUCACUUAUCCCAGUCAUAAACACUUAACUAUAUCACACCCAAAUUAGAGAACUUAAGGGACAAUUUAUCUGCACGAUUUAGGAAAAGAGAUAAGUUAUGUUAAGGACUUUAAUCUAAUAUAGAAAAACUUUAUGACGUGGGAUCCCACAAUGUUAGCCAGCCAAGGCUAAGUGGGUAGAUGAGGGUGUUAAGUACAUUUUCUGUACGUAUAUAUUAUAUAUCCCCCAUUGGCCUAAUUAAAUUAUCCACCUUAUAUCACAUGCUCCACCAAUGAAACCCUCAUAUGUACGUACACAUUCUAUAUAUUCCACUCAUAUGCAAGUUCUGAUGCAUUGUCAAAAAUUACUGCAAAAAUCCCCUGUGCAAUAAAGAAUCAACCCUCUGCUUUAACGAACUUCUUGCAUUAUUAUAUAUUGCCAUAAUCUGGCCUUUUGUCCUCACCAAAGAUCACAAAUUGACUUAACAAAACCCCCCUUUUCUCCAUCAAGAAUUUGCAUAAAUCUUCCUGCAUUUCAUCUUUAGUGUUUGUACACACUGGAAAAAAACAUCACAAGAAUGGCAGCAGGCAGUCCACAACCCCAUGGCCGUGCUAGCGCUAUGUGGCGGCGCUGCCUGGCAUCCGCCUUUCGGACUGCCAUGGCAUGCACCAUAAUAGGUGUAACCACUCUCUUUGGCCCCAAGUUCAUAACCAACUAUGUGGCAUUCCCCGCAUUCUCAUAUGUGACAUCCAUUCUUAUAGUAAUUGAUGCCUCAUUAGGGGACACUUUUUGCGGCUGCUGGCUGGCACUGUAUGCCACGAUGCAGGGCGUUUGCCCUGCCAUCCUUGCACUAUGGCUGAUAGGACCAGCCCAACUCACAACAACCACCACUGCAGCAGUGGUGGCUGUGAGCACUUUUGUGGUGGUGCUGCCAGUGAACACUCACUUGGUCUUGAAACGGAUUGCCCUUGGCCAAAUUGUUCUUGUUUAUGUUGUAGGGUACGCUGGAGGUGCUGAUACUCACCCCAUUAUGCAUCCAGUUCAUAUCGCGGCUAGCACCGCCUUAGGGGCAGCUGCGUGUGUUCUGGCCAUGCUGUUUCCGUAUCCAAACAUGGCCUGCUAUGAGGUGAAAGAGAAUUGCAAGCUAUGCAUUGAGAAUGCUUCUGAAAGACUAACACUGUACAUAAAGGCAUACACUGCAGAAGACAUGGCGCUGGCAAAGGGAUUAAUCUCCCAAGCCAAAUCUUUGAGUAACACAGGAAAUAAACUUCUCAAAAGCAUUAAAUCCAAGCAGGAAAGCAUAAAGUGGGAGAGAAUUCCAGUCAGGUUUUUGAAGUCCUAUAAUCAGAAGAAUCCAGAAGCAGCAUUGCUUGGCCUUGAGACAAUAUUGGGAGGAAUGAAAACUGCACUCGAGAGUUGCUCCGAAUUUCCGGUUGGGAUACUCAAUUCUGAGCUUAAAAAGGAUUUGAACAAUUUACAGGAAGAAGUUUUGAAGCAAGUGAAAGUUAUGGCCCUGGGAAACUCGAUUCAUCCUCAGUCAGAAGACACAUGCAAUGACGACAAGAAGUUCCUCCAAGCGUUCGACACAAAGACCUUCUCCAUUAUAGGCUCCAAAGAUCUGCCCUCUAUGUUCUUCUUAUUCUGCUUGAAACACCUUCUUCAUUCAAAAUCAGAGGCUAUUAGUCCGGUAGCUAAUCCUUCAAAACAAGUCCCGAAUGACUCGCAGGAGAAGAAAUGCUGGCUCUUAUCAAUGGUAUCAAGCAACGGCGCGGGGAUUAAGAUUAACAAGAGAAGACUAAUGAUGGCUCUGAAAAGCUCUCUUUCAUUAGGAUUUGCCGUGCUGUUUGGCCUGAUUUACAGCAAGGAAAAUGGAUACUGGUCGGGGCUUCCAGUUGCGGUGAGCCUCGCAUCUUCCAGAGAGGCGACGUUCAAAGUGGCGAAUAUCAAGGCUCAAGGGACGGUUCUCGGAACUGUGUAUGGAGUGCUCGGGUGCUUCAUCUUCGAAAAGUAUGCUAAUCUAAGGUUCAUAUCUCUGCUUCCAUGGUUCAUCUUUUGCAGCUUCUUGCGCCAGAGCCGAAUGUACGGGCAGGCAGGUGGAGUGUGCGCAGUUAUAGGGGGAGUUCUGAUUCUUGGAAGGAAGAACUUUGGAGAACCGAGUGACUUCGCCAUCGCCAGGAUAGUCGAAACCUUCAUCGGAUUAUCAUGCUCGAUAAUGGUGGAUGUCCUGGUGCAGCCCACCCGGGCUGCUGUCCUAGCCAAAGCCCAGCUCUCGAAGUGCUUCCAUGUUUUGCACGAAACGAUCACUUCAACCCUCGACUCCUCCAGAGAUUGCAGCGUCGAUGAUGGGAUCAAGAGGAUAAAAUCCCAAAUCAACGAGCUUGCGAAAUCCAUAGAAGAAGCCGAGUCGGAGCCCAACUUCUGGUUCUUGCCUCUCAACGUUGCAUCCUACCGCACAAUCAGAUCGUCAUUGGCUAAAGCCGCAGAUUUCUUGCAGUUCAUGAACCUCGCGCUGACGCCGCUCGAGCGUGACUUCGAGAGCACAGAAACUGAUCUGAAGGUGUUCAAAGAGGCUAUUGGUCGUGAAGUAAUGUGUUUGGAGGAGGUUAGUUUGGUAGAAUCAGUUGCAACAGUAGAAAGUGAGUAUGAGAAAAGGAGAAUGAACGCAGAUUUGGAGAUGGGAGAAUGUGCAGGCAAAUCUUGCCGUGUGAUCCGAUGGCCAGAAUGGAGUGGGAGGUCGGAAUUUCUUCUCCGGCGGCGGAAUUUGGCCGGAGAAGAAACGUUGUGUUUGGGCGCGGCGGCGUUCUGCAUGAAUGCACUGUGGAAAGAGACGAAAGAGAUGGAAAAGCAAAUGAGAGAAAUAGUGCAGUGGGAGAAUCCUCAAUGCACGUAGAUUUGCAUGACAUGUUGUGAAGAAAAAUAUAAAUAGUUGAUUAAAGGGAAUUAAAUUUAACGUGUCAUGUGUAAUGCAUGCAUGAGUAUAGUGUCUUGCUAAUAAUGUAUUGCUUGUGGCUUUAGCCACUAAUGAAGUUAGACGCGGUGUUAUACUGUUAUUAUGAAAAUAAUA